AACACCGGAUGUUCAAAAUAAUACCAUGAUCGACAGAUUAAAGACAAUAGCGUCGGAAUCAGACUAUACUCGAGAAAAGGAGGAUACUCCAUUAUUGGUACAUCAGCGCCUACCACAACGUACGUGGACUAGAAAUUACCAAUUAAUGCAGGAGCAGCCACGACAGAGAUCGAACAAUAGUAGUAAGGAUCGUUCUGAUACGAGAAUAUUUGGACAAAAUAAUGGAAAUAUACGAAGAGGUCAUUUCAAUAGAACAUUCUAUGGGGGAAAUCAAUAUAAUCAAAAUAACCAGAUUAUGAACCCCGAAACUACUACCAUCUCUACCAAUAUCAAUCCUAAUCAAUGACUUCCUAUGAGGACUAUGCAUGACUGAGCUCAAACGGAACCAAUACGGGUUUCGAAUAGUGUUUUCACUAUAGGAAAUGUAGUCUUAGAUAGGGAUGAAUUAAAUAUCUUGGAAUAUGGUUUGAACUAUAUUCCUUCAAAAAUAUUGAGUAUAGAGGAUCAAUUGAAAGCUGAUCUUGAAUUGACAGCGAAUAGAUAUCCCGAAUUACAAAUGAAUGUCGGUCUAGUUCGGGAUUCUAUAGUUUACAAUUCAGAUCCGUUUAGCCCGAACUUGCAUAGAUCUCAGUAUAAGUCAUUGAAUAAUCUAAAACGACGAAACGAUAUUGUAAUAAAACAAGCGGACAAAGGUCAAGGCACUGUUGUAAUCUCAAGAGAAGUAUAUGAAGCUAAAACAUAUGCAUUAUUAGAAGAUAAAAAGAGCUAUGAGGAACUUUCUGAGAAUCCAAUGUGGACAACAUAUGAAACUGUCCGAGAUGAAAUUAAAGAUUUGAUAAAAACAGGAAAUAUCCCAAAAGAAUAUGUUUCAAGAAUUCGAUUGAGGGGCAGACCGAAAUUACCGAGGUUUUACAUUUUACCUAAGGUACAUAAAAAGCUAUGUCCAGGAAGACCAGUUGUUUCAGGGAUCGGUCACUCGACGGAAAAACCGUCGAAAUUCCUGGAUUUACUAUUGAAACCACAUAUUUAA